AAUUUUGAGUCGGACUCCUGAAUACUCCGUCUCCAGUGCGGCGGUGCAGUUAUAUUUCUGCUGUAUCUUUGAUAAGCUGAUUUUUGUUCUUUGAUCGAAAUUAAAUUAACAUUGAACAUUUGAACGAUUGAACUAAUUAUUUAAUUUUGCCGUCAGUAGCAUUUCAACAUGGCUCUACCCCGUGUAAUUAAUGGGAUGUUGCGAACCAAAGCUAUUUAUUCAGUGUCUAGCAGGAGUGUGGUAUCACAUGAACCCUGGAAGCCCGGUCCAUAUCCAAAAACUGAAGAAGAACGACUAGCUGCUGCAAAGAAGUAUGGCCUGUUACCGGAGGAGUAUGAACCACACCCGGACGAUGGUCUAGGUUUUGGUGACUAUCCUAAGUUACCAGACAUUGGCCAAGAUUCCAAAAGUGAAUAUUAUCCAUGGGACUGCCCCGAACAUAAUAGAAACUUUGGUGAGAUAAUGCACGUUCAUGCUGACAUGUGGGGUUCAGACAAGGGCGACCCAAAUUAUAAAGAAAAAGCUAGAUUUCCUGACUGGCAGAGAGUAUUGUCAUUGUUCGCAGGAGUUUUUGGAAUAAGUGGAUUGAUGCUUUCUGGGGAUUAUUGGUGUAAACGAUAUAGACCAUACAUGCCUAAACAAUGGCCUCAAGAAAAUGUGAAACAUUUUACUUAUUCAGAUAAAUAUUUCUGAAAAGUUAUUACAGUAUAUUUAUAUCUGUGUAGUAGCUGAAACACUUUAAAUUUAUUUUUAAGUUUGUUGUACAGUUAAAAGUUGAAUAAAACAUGUAUGAAGUCUAUUUUGUCUGUAAUAAUUAAUAAAAUACAACAACUUA